AUGGUUUGUCUAGCACCGUUUAUGUGGGCUUUCCUUGGCACAAGAGUUUUGGCAUUGUCUAGCAUUGUCAUUACUUCAAAGGCAACAAGCACUUCCUAUGUUUGCAAGCAAUGUGACUUGAUCGCUGCAUCCAGUACGCUGUCGACAACAACUAUAACGAGUAUCGACAUCAGCACUUCUUAUGUGUGCCCACAAUGCACGACAAAUUUUUUGACUGUGAGCAACUCAGAGUCUAGUACUAGCAGUACCUUCACUGGUGCCACUGAAUCGACUCUCACCCUCACUACUUGUGAUCACCCCGAGAGGUGUCAUCCAUUCUCCACAACCUCAAGCUCGCCAACGACUUCAAGUGCUUCCACUUCAAGCUCCUCCACAACUUCGACCUUGUUCACUUCUGAAACCGCAGCAACGACCUCAAUUUCGUCGACUACUUUGAGCUCAUCCACUUCGAGCUCAUCCACUUCGAGCUCAUCCACUUCGAGCUCAUCCACUUCGAGCUCAUCCACUUCGAGCUCAUCCACUUCGAGCUCAUCUACUUCGAGCUCUUCCACAACCACUGGCUCAUCCACUACGUCCACCUUACCAACGACCUCGACCUUGUUAACAACUCUAAGCUCGUCGUCAACUCCAAGCUCGUCGACAACCGCUAGCUCGUCGACAACUCCAAGCUCGUCGACAACUCCAAGCUCGUCGACAACUCCAAGCUCGUCGACAACUCCAAGCUCGUCGACAACUCCAAGCUCGUCGUCAACCGCUAGCUCGUCGACAACUCCAAGCUCGUCGACAACUCCAAGCUCGUCGACAACUCCAAGCUCGUCGACAACUCCAAGCUCGUCGUCAACCGCUAGCUCGUCGACAACUCCAAGCUCGUCCACCAUCUUGGUUUCAUCGACAAGCGCUAGCUUGUCCACGUCUUUGAGCUCGUCUUUGAUAUCGAACACACCCACGACUUUGACCACUUACCCAGUUUCGAGUUCGUCUUCAAGCCUUCUCCCAUCUUCGACCACUUCCACGUCUUUGAUCUCAUCAGCGACUUCAAGUUCAUCUACAAGUUCAAGCUCGUCCACCACGUUAGUUUCAUUAACGACAUCGACUCCUGCAAGUACCCCUCCAGCUUCAUUAGUCACGACUUCCUCGUUCACUACAAUUGCUCCAACAACCUAUGAUGUGCCCAGCUCUCCAGGACCUGUGCUUUCUUCUGGCACUGGCAGCACCGAAAAAGGGUUCACCACAACGCUUACUACCUGCGAUCAUCCAGAUAUAUGUGAAAAAUCAGCAGUUACCAGUUCUCUGACGUCCAACGAACUGACACUAUCCUAUUCAACACAAGUCGAAUUGUCUUUCUCUUCUCUUGAGCCCAGCUCUCAGGCGACUCCAGAAUUUUCAGACACUUCAACUUUAUUUCAGAGCUCAAGAACUACAUUGACUGCUUCCAUUACGCCCAGCGUUUCUGUGACGAUCAGUUUUUCGACAAUGAAUGUUUCAGGAACGGAAUCCUCCAAGACCGACGAGACGACACGGUCGUCUAGCACUGCCCUUGCCUCGACUUUUAAAUCAAUCGCUCCUUCGACAGAUGCCAGUAACUUCUGGUUCUCUAUGUCUUCCGACGUGACUUCUACUCAGGGCCCAGAAACUGUCACCGACUCUGUUUUAGAGGCAGAAACCACUACAAACUCUGCUGACAGUUCUUUGAUGUCGUUGUCGUCUACGUUCGCUGUGUCGCCUACGUCUUCAUUCGAUACUGUCGCACCACAGUCAUAUUCCACUUCAUCUCAGCCGACCCUCACUACGACGCUUCAAAAUCCACCUUCUCCAACCGUUCUUUCCAUAAUUUCAACCGGCAUUGCGGCCAAACAAAGACUAUCGCUCUCCUAUUUAAUGCUGGUACCUCUAAUUCUGCUCUAA